AUGAGGGGUUUCAUUUUUACUUUAUUUCUCUUCUCUGUCCUGCUUGCCAUCUCAGAGGCGAGGGGUGAAGAGUCAAUGAAGCUCUGCGGGCUUGAAUACGUAAGGACAGUCAUCUACAUCUGUGCCAGCUCCAGAUGGAGAAGGCAUCGGGCCCCCCCGCAAGUUCAGCAAGCUGAGAGAGGAGACCACUUGCAGCUGCCAAGGGAACAUGAGAUUUCUGAGGGACGCAUAGUGCAAAACGUUCCGAAGAUGGAUUCCUUGGGGAUGGAAGGUCUUCAGGGCGGACAGCUGCCCAUGGAAGGGCUCUGGAGGUCAAAGAAGCACUCGGUGAUGCCAAGACAAGACUUACAAAUGUUGUGCUGCACUGAAGGCUGUUCCAUGUCUGAUCUGAGUGCGCUUUGUUAGGACAAGUGCAGGUUCCCAUGUGCAGCAGAACUUCAGCACGUGUUUAAGCACACUGUUUCACUUCCCAGGAAAAUGCCUCCCUGUGUCACUAAACUCAUGGCUCUUGGAUAGGCAGUUCUUUCCUAAAAGUGGUGGAUGAAUGGCAAA